AUGCUGAGAGGUCGAGCGAUGGAGAGCUCCCAGUCUCUGAACGAGACGACGAGAGCAGCUUCAACAGACGCGUCCUUCGGCCAUCUCUCCUUGAUCACAGACUUCUCCUCCAUCGACAGUGACUUUGGCGAAGACCAUGCACCUGACAUGAGAGUAAACACGCCAGCCGCCAGAAGAGCCAUGGACGCGAGGAGGAAGCCCAGUGACGGCGGUCUAGAAGUUUCACUUCCUAAGAGUCAGCCGCACCAGCCGAUCGCAGCCCACCAAGAGGAAGAGAGCGCUGUUGUCUUGCGUCUUGUGGACGAGCUGGGGAGGACAUUCCGACUCGCGGCGGGUGCUGGGCACAUGUCGAUAGGAAGAGCAAGGAGAUGUGAUAUCGUCUUUGCGUUCGAGGUUGUUUCCAACAAGCAUGCCUUGUUGGUUUCCACUCCACAGUGCCCAAGCGAUUUCAUUCUUCAUGAUCUUGGUUCCAACGGUACGUAUGUCAACGGAGUGAAAAUGGUCGUAAAGCAACACAAAUUGAAACUUGGAGAUGUUCUUCACUUUGGAAAGGUCAAGGAUGCUACACGUUUGCGGGUUGCUAAACUCGGUUCGUUCCUCUUGGUCAACGGGAGGAAAACUGACAGUCACAUCGAGGCCCUGAGUUCUCAGAGCAAGAAUAUCCGAUCAAGUGCGGAGAGCUCUCCGGGAGCAGAGGCUUCUAGUCGAGCAAGCUUGUCGUCGUCGAUGUUGUCACGUCAAGCUGACAUCCUCUCCGCAAAUCUUGACCUGGAGUCAAACACGCAAUUCUCUCGUUUGCCAUCGAUCUCCUUCGGCUCUCACAGCAGAGCCGCGACCCCGUUGUCUGACAGCGGGCAUGGUCAGAUCGACAGAUGCAACAUUGAGGAUGGGAGGAGAAGUCAGUUCUCUGUUGCGAACACUGUUGUAUCGACAGCCUCGAAGCAGAGUGUGGUGUAUACUCGCCUUCAAACUGUGCGAAGGGAGUUGUCAGUCCUGCUCAAUGGAGGAGAGGAGCCGGUAGAAGAAGAUCUGCAGAGCAGCAUCCACAACAGCGAGAGUGAAGAGGACGACUUCGUGGAGAAGCAGGAAGAAGUCGCAAAGGAAGUAAAGAAGCCACUCUACAGGUACGGAGACCGGGUGAUGUUCAAACAUCGAGUUCCGGGGAUCGGCAUCACCCGCGCUCAAGGCAUUAUCACCAAUGUACGGACCGUCCGAGACGAAGGACCGGAACUUUUCUUCAGAAACCUGGACGAGGACAAGAUAUUGUGUCUGGUCAACUGCAAGCCCAGCACGCGGACGAAGCAGCAGGCAUUGAUGGAGGUAGAGAGCAUCGUCGAAGUCAACAGGCCGGAUGGGAUGUGA